UUUCUGACAGUAAAAAUCCCACUCAAAUAGUAGUGACGAAUGGAAAAGGACGGUGUCAACAUCAACAAAUAAUACUGAAUUUAAAGUUAAAAAAUGGGUAAUGUAGAUACAAAAUUGAAUUUUCGCCGAGCCGUAGUGCAGUUAACUUCGAAGGCAGAGCCAAUUGAUCCAAAUGAUGACACAUUCUGGGAACAGUUUUGGUCAGAAAAUGUUUCCAACGUCCAAGACAUUUUCACUCUUGUUCCUGCAACAGAGAUUAGACAGUUACGAGAGGAUGCCCCUGAAAAUCUGGCCACCUUAUGUUAUAAAGCUGUUGAGAAACUCGUCAAGGCAGUUGAUAACAGCUGCAGAACACAUAGGGAACAACAAACAGUCCUCAACUGCACCAGAAUAUUGACCAGGAUUUUACCGUACAUGUUUGAAGACUCAGAAUGGAAAGGGUUUUUUUGGUCAUCACUGCCAAGCAAAAAUGAGGAAGAUGAACAGGAAGCAGUGCCUCUGGCACAAUCCCUGCUUAAUGCAAUAUGUGAUCUGCUGUUUUGUCCCGAUUUCACUGUAGCUGCUGGGCGUAAAACUGGACCAGAUAAAGCGGAAGAUUUAUCAUUGAUAGACAGUUGCGAAUAUAUUUGGGAAGCUGGUGUUGGUUUCGCCCACUCGCCUCCUCGAAAUCACAUCUAUGAUUCGAAUAGAACGGAAUUGCUGAAACUGCUAUUGACCUGUUUUAGCGAAACUAUGUAUCAACCACCCACAGAUAUUGCGUCAAACCCGAAUAAGUGGAUAAUGCAUUUAACAUCUGCUGAAAAUCGGCAUGCAUUACCGAUGUUCACUUCUCUUCUAAACACUGUGUGUGCAUACGAUCCAGUUGGUUUAGGAGUUCCGUACAAUCACUUGCUGUUUAAUGACUCUUUGGAGCCCUUAGUAGAAGCUGCGCUGCAAAUUCUAAUUGUAACUUUAGAUCAUGACACCAGUUCUUCGACUCCUGCCGAAUCAGAAGAUGCCACAAUUCCAGACAAUUUGUUUAUAAACUAUCUCUCGCGGAUCCACCGAGAUGAAGAUUUUCAUUUCAUUUUAUGUGGAGUGACAAGGUUAUUGAAUAAUCCUUUAGUGCAAACGUACCUACCAAAUUCUACUAAGAAAGUACAUUUUCAUCAGGAGCAGUUGGUGUUUUUCUGGAAAAUGUGCGAUUAUAAUAAGAAAUUCCUGUAUUUUGUCUUGAAAAGUAGUGAUGUAUUAGACAUUUUGGUACCGAUUCUGUAUCAUCUUAACGACUCUAGAGCGGACCAAUCACGAGUUGGUUUAAUGCAUAUUGGUGUGUUUAUAUUACUGCUCCUCUCGGGAGAACGAAACUUAGGUGUGCGAUUGAAUAAACCCUACACUGCUACAGUUCCUAUGGAUAUUCCAGUAUUUACAGGAACGCACGCCGAUCUGCUUGUAAUUGUUUUCCAUAAAAUAAUCACCACUGGUCAUCAAAGACUGCAACCUCUCUUUGAUUGCUUAUUAACGAUUCUAGUCAAUGUAUCUCCUUACUUAAAGACGCUCUCCAUGGUGGCGAGCACUAAAUUAUUGCAUCUUUUGGAGGCUUUUAGUACCCCCUGGUUCUUAUUCUCGUCGCCACAAAAUCACCAUUUGGUAUUUUUUCUACUGGAAAUUUUCAACAAUAUCAUCCAGUACCAGUUUGACGGAAAUUCUAACUUAGUUUACACCAUUAUAAGAAAAAGACAAGUAUUUCAUAGUUUAGCCAACCUACCAAGCGACUAUGGAACCAUAGCUAAAUCAAUCAACAGGAAAACCAAAUAUGCGAAACUGCGUACUUCAAUUAGCAGUGAAAAUGUGUCGGAAAUUGUCAUGGAAGGCUCUCGCCCUGCUUUGCCUGCAGAACCAGGAACACUGAACGCUACUCUGCCAGAUACACCCCAGAUUGCGCAGAUGACUGAACGAGAAUCAGCUCAUCCAGCCACAUCCCCUUCAGAGCAGCCAUUGACCAAUGGAAUGGCAGCUGUAACUUUAAAUAGUUGCACUGCUACCGCUGUUUCAAUAGGAAACGGUUCUGUUGAGAACAAAUCACCCGAUGGCAAAAAAACAAUGCCAGAUAUUCCAGAUACGCCGACUAAUUUUUCCAGAUCUGUUAAUACGAGAAACAGCUUGAGAGUAUCUUCGUCAAAUGAGCAUCCUAGUGGUCAAUGGAUUCCUACAGGCGAAUGGGUACAUUCCUGGAAGAGUAAAUUGCCCCUUCAAACCAUCAUGAGACUUUUACAGGUAUUAGUGCCCCAGGUUGAAAAGAUCUGCAUCGAUAAGGGACUAACUGAUGAAAGUGAAAUUUUAAAAUUCCUCCAGCAUGGAACUUUAGUAGGUCUGUUGCCGGUGCCCCAUCCUAUUCUGAUUAGAAAAUAUCAAGCUAAUUCUGGUACUACAACUUGGUUCAGGACUUACAUGUGGGGUGUCAUUUAUCUCAGAAACAUGGAUCCACCAAUUUGGUACGACACCGACGUGAAACUCUUUGAAAUUCAAAGAGUAUAAAUAUCCCGGUCACAUAAUAUGCUUUAAUGCUUUAAUAGUAAGACCUAUCUUAUUUUGCUAGUUUUAAAGUUUUAAUGCUAAAAUCCUAGUAAAUUCCAGAAAUAUUUAUUUAUUACACUAGUGCAAUUCUUUAAAAUUUACUUUGUUUUUUUUUUGUCCAACAAGUAUCUAUUAAGCAAGAUUUAACUAAACAGUACAAAUUACUUCGGUAAUUAAAUACACCAAAAAAAAUGUUUCCUGCUUUUACAUGAAAGUAACCUCUGCAUUUAUUUAAAUUAAUUGCAGUUACUUUAUCCAGAAGAUGUUAUAUUACUUAAAUUAUCCAGUGCAAAACCUUAAUAUUAUAGCGUAUUUAUUAAAUGUGAUUACUAUUUAAUGAUUCAGGGUGUUAUUGUAUGUCUAUGAUAAUUAUACAAUUCACACACCAUCAUGUCUCAAGACUGUUAUAUAUCAACAAAACAUGUGUAGAUUAGUUACCAAUCUAAUACAUAAUUUAAUUACG